AGUUUCAAGUUGUGUGUUUACUGAACUGAACUCUACACUGAACUCAACUCUACACUGAACUCAGCUCUACACUGAACUCAGCUCUACACUGAACUCAGCUCUACACUGAACUCAGCUCUACACUGAACUCAACUCUAAAGGUUAUUUAUUCAUAAAGUGAUGGCAAAAGGAGAAGGAACCGAACAAUAUUCCAACAAUAAUUUAUUAACGAAUAAACCGGUCAACCCAGAUGCGGUGAAAUUAGCUGCGAAGCGUGAACAGAAGAACAGGUUGUCCAUAUGCAACAAGCUAUGCUACGCGGUGGGAGGAGCGCCCUAUCAGAUCACAGGAUGUGCUCUGGGCUUCUUCCUUCAGAUAUACCUACUGGACGUGGCCCAGUUGGACCCGUUCUCUGCGUCGAUCAUCCUGUUUGUGGGGAGGGCCUGGGACGCCAUAACGGAUCCCACCAUAGGCUUCCUGGUCUCCCGCUCUCCCUGGACGCGCUUCGGACGCAUGUUGCCAUGGAUCGUGUUCUCCACUCCUCUAGCUGUGGUCAGUUACUUCCUCAUCUGGUAUGUUCCUGUGUUUGAGGAUGGGAGGGUCAUCUGGUACCUGGUCUUCUACUGCCUCUUCCAGACCCUUCAGACGUGUUUCCAUGUGCCCUACUCGGCUCUCACCAUGUUCAUCAGUGAAGACCAGAAGGAGAGGGACUCUGCCACUGCUUACAGAAUGACGGUAGAGGUUCUGGGUACUGUGAUUGGCACAGCCGUCCAGGGUCAGAUUGUGGGCAUGGCCAGCGCCCCCUGUAUCCCGAUGCCGGGUGAUAAUGUCACGGUCGACGGGUUAAACUCCUCCCUGCUGCUGGGACAGGAAGUCAACGCCACGAUCACCACUGUCAUCACCCUGGACCAAACGAAAACGGCCUACAAUGUAGCCUCCGGUGCCAUCUGUUCCAUCUACGUGGUCUGUGCCGUGGUGCUGUUCUUCGGAGUCAAGGAGAAGAAAGAGUCGUCUCGUACCCGGUCCCAGCGCAUGUCGUUCUGGCAGGGUAUCAGGCUAGUGAUGGGCCAUGGACCUUACGUCAAGCUGGUGAUGGGCUUCCUCUUCACUUCACUGGCUUUCAUGCUCCUGGAAGGGAACUUUGCUCUGUUCUGCUGCUACACUCUGGGCUUAAGGAACGACUUCCAGAACAUUCUACUGGUCAUCAUGCUCGCUGCGAUGCUCACCAUCCCCUUCUGGCAGUGGUUCCUCACCAAGUUUGGCAAGAAGACAGCUGUGUACAUCGGCACCUCUUCUGUGAUCCCCUUCAUGCUCCUGGUGGUGUGUGUGAAGAGUAAUCUCAUCAUUACCUAUAUCGUGUCGUUCGCUGCUGGUGUCGGAGUCGCUGCUGCCUUCCUGUUGCCAUGGUCCAUGCUGCCAGACGUGGUGGAUGACUUCCAGGUCCAGAACCCAGAAUCUCAGGGCCACGAAGCCAUCUUUUAUUCCUUCUAUGUCUUCUUCACCAAGUUUGCCUCUGGAAUCUCCCUGGGGAUCUCUACUCUCAGCUUGGAUUUUGCAGGGUAUAUGACUCGAGGUUGCACCCAGCCUGAGAACGUGGAUAUAACCCUGAAGGUUCUGGUCUCCGCGGCGCCCAUAGGACUCAUUCUGAUUGGCCUGGUCAUAUUCCGCUCUUAUCCAAUCGACGAAGAGAGGAGGCAGGGCAACAGGAAGCUGCUGCAGGAGCAACGGGAAAAUGAGGCAGACUCCGAAACCGACUCCACAGAACUGAACAACAUGGUGUAGGUUCUAGAACACUCACGGAUCAAUGGGGUGACCGAUUGUUGCUUGCACUGGGUGGGGCUAAUGAGGGGGCUGGGACCUAUCACGAAGGAGAUACUGUUUCCAUCCAAUCACACUGCUGCUUCAGAUCUCUGAACUUCAAAGGAUCACUAACAUAAGGCCAAAAAAAAAACAGAAAACGUUUCUAAAACUGUAGUUCCGUAUGGCAUGGAACGCCAACAUAUCUUACCCCUCCGUGGCAAAUGACUGACGGCUUUCCUGGUUUAAGUCCCGCCCACUUCAGCUAUGACAAAUUUUCCCAUCAGACGUCACCCGCUCUGUUGUCAGUGUUGUUUUUGGGUCAAAUCUAAAAUGGCAACCCAUUUCCUAGUGCACUGUGUGGGGCUGUGACGGCAUAAUGGGGACUCUUUAAGGUGUCAUUUGAGACCUUUUUUGAUGUGAAAUGAAUGUUGCACAGAACCUUAAUGUCAUGGGUACAAUGUGUAGUACUGUUGUGUUCCAUUUGUUGAUGUAUAUUGCCAUAACUUUAUCUAUUUGAAGGUUUAAAACUUGAAAAUCUCUAAUGACUUUAGACACGGCACUUGAACAAUUUACUACAACCCUCUUUUUCUAAGGUCGAAAGCUAAAUAAGAGCCUUUUUUAAUUUAAUUUUUUUUGACUGGUAUCAGUUACAAAAGCCAGACAUUUAAAAAAAUAAACAUUUUUGAUAGAACAUUUCUACAACAGCUUUGAAUAUCAAAUGUUUCUAAGUGUAUACAGACUUCAGUUUGGUACUGUCUUGACCGGUAGAGCUCUGACUACUUUGUACUGUCUUGACUGUUAGGCCUCUGACUACUUUGUACUGUCUUGACUGUUAGGGCUCUGACUACUUUGUACUGUCUUGACUGUUAGGCCUCUGACUACUUUGUACUGUCUUGACUGUUAGGCCUCUGACUACUUUGUACUGUCUUGACUGUUAGGGCUCUGACUACUUUGUACUGUCUUAACCCAGCAUCAGUCCCAGUAUCUGCAUACUGUUAAUUCAACACUUUUUUUUCUCCCUUUGUUUGUUUUGUUUAUGUACAUAUUUAGCAAUAUCUGGAAUAAGUUAGAUUUGUAAAAAUGUAGUUAAUUUUAAGACCUUGUCUUCUAUUUGACACACUUUACAAGGAAGUGAGAUCUCUUAUCAGUUUUUGUUUUACAAGUGGUGUGUUUCAUGCAGUUUGAAACCAACUCAAACGUUUCCUUCCUCACUUUUCUAUGGGCGGGUUUGUUUUACAUGGUCCAGUUUCCCUGGUGGGUGGAGAUUUCACUUUAAGGACCAAUGCAAUGCUCUAAAAAUGUACAAACACUGCCUACCCAGGGCACCGGGCCAUACAAAAUGAACUUGACCGUAAGCAUAUUCAACACGCGUGAAUUCACUAGGAAAGCAAACAGAGAGGAACCUACCUGAAUUCGUGCAAUAUAAACAUUCAUAGCGCACAAAUGAAUACACCUCAGUGUGGCCCAGAAGAGAUUUGGGUCCAACUCUAUAGUCUGAUAGGCUGUUAGGUAAAAGCUGUGUUCCUCACAGCACUUUCCUCACCAUUAAAUCAGAACCACUAUAGCACAACUGUUAACCAAGCUAUUUUACACAGCCUAUACAAUCUAUAGUAUCACUAACUACGUCGUUAAGUAUUUGAGUUACAUUUGCAGCAUGGAUUUUUGAAAAAUGUCCCUGCUUAUAUUCUAAGAUUAAUCCUAUUUUUAAAUAGAAUAUCUUUUUAAGGUUGCUGUUGCAACUGAAAUGAGUUCUGAAUGCAAAACAUUUUUAUUUGGAAAGUUAACUGUAUUUUUUUUGUAAUUUAUUUUUUCUUUUUAAAUGGUAAAUCCUCAGUCUUGUCUUUUUUGUGUAGCUGUGUUUUUUUUGGGGGGGCCCUGAAAAGGCAAGCAAGUCAAAGUAUCUGAAAAUUGGGUGUUUGUGUGUUAUUGUAUUGAAAGUGUCCACAGAUGAAAAACACACAGUCCCAUGGAAAAUAUCAUCUUACGUUGGAAUAUACACGGUAAAAAAAAUAUAUAAACAUUUUCAACGAUUUUACUGAGUUAUAUGAACUGUAAGGAAAUCAAGUCAAGUGAAAUAAAUUCAUUAGGCCCUAAUCUAUGGAUUUCACAUGAUUGGGAAUACAGAUCUGCAUCUGAUGGUCACAUAUCAACAACAAAAAAGGUAGAGGCGUGGAUCAGGAAACCAGUCAGUAUUCGGUGUGACCACCAUUUGCUUCAUGCAGCGCGAGAUAUCUCCUUCUUGAUCAGGCUGUUGAUUGCGGCCUGUGGAAUGUUGUCCCACUCCUCUUCAACGGCUGUCCGAAGUUUCUGGAUAUUGGGCGGGAACUGGAACACGCUGUCGUACACGUCUAUCCAGAGCAUCCCAAACAUGAUCAAUGGGUGACAUGUCUGGUGAGUAUGCAGACCAUGGAAGGACUGAGACAUUUUCAGCUUCCAGGAAAUGUGUACAGAUCCUUGCGACAUGGAGACGUGCAUCAUCCCGCUGAAACAUGAGGUGAUGGCGGCGGAUGAAUGGUACGACAAUGGACCUCAGGAUCUCGUCCGUAGCUUAUGCCUGGCCACGCCAUAACCCCACCGCCACCAUGAGGCACUCUGUUCACAACGUUGACGUCAGCAAAUCGCUCGCCCACACGACGCCAUUCACACUGUCUGCCAUCUGUCCGGUACAGUUGAAACCUGAAACCAAAAUAUGUUUGGCGAUGACCUUCCUGUUUUUGACUCAAGGCAGUAGAAGGCAAACGUGUUUAGGCUCUGAAACGAGAAUCGUUUUUAAUAUAUCUUACUUCCACACAGAGCUGUAACAAUGCCUUGUAUACACACACACACACACACACCUCCUGUGCAUAAUGUAAAUAUAUGUAAGUAAAAGUUGUAUAUCUUUUCAUAUCCGUGCCAGAAUGUGAUCUGAACAGGUGUUCGAAAUAGUUAUUUAAUAAAUGUUAUACUAAUUGA